UGUUCUUAACACUGUAGCAGUGAAAAUAUACAUAAAGGUCAAACAGUUACCCCACUCCAUCUCAAAUGUUGACAUGGAGAAGGCAGGGUUCGAACCACCAGCCCUUCAGUUCCCGGCGCACCCUCUCUACUCCAUGUAGCUGUAAUAUAUAUAUUACCAGAAGACCAAAAAUAGGAUAACAUUUUCAUGCAGUUUCAUCCAUUUCUGUAAGAGUAUAAUUUAUCGCUUGAUAAAACAUAGUUAAGAAAUAGGUCUGUUUGCAGAGACUAGCCUCUGGUGAAUUGACUGUUAAUGGAGAGAAUAAUGACGACGUCGUUAUGACAACGAUGACACGGGUGUUGAGCGGAGGCCAAGCCGACCUCCUUCCAAACGCUGCCCUUUAUCAGAGCCUUUAUCCGUUUACUCAGCGUAGAUGCCAGCUGUAGUAAAGUUUAAUCCUUAUCCACUUGCAUCUUGUUUGGGUUCAGUGAUCACUUGUCCUACUCACAAGCCUUCAGUGUGUGAGUUGGUGAUGGAUGAGAGUCUGUGGCAGCACGGAGGGGACGUUCCAUGACAACACUGCGGCCAGCUCGAAACAAAACAACAAGGUUUCCUUAAAGGCGCAGAAGAGGUGAACGGAAGUGAUGACAUAAAGGGAACGAGGCCAGUGUCUCGACUGUGACAACCUUAAAGGGUCAUGGGAUGUGGAAUGGGAAAAUCUGAGCUACAGCUGCAAAAAGUUGACAGAGUGACCAUCUCAGUUCCGGGUAAAUAUAAAUUUUAUUCCAACACAUCGUCGGUAUCAGUUCAGCGUCUCACGCCGUUUGCUAACUUUCUCUAACAAAUGUCCUUGCACUCUGUGAAGCUGCCACCGGUAAGUCGACCCGUCUCGAUUUGACAUGGUGCCUGUAGUGUGGUGGAGAGAAAAAGGUUCAAAAGGUGUGUCCUCCUCCUCUCCCGCUCUUCAGCGAUCAGAGCGGCUCUGUUGAUCCAGCGCUGGUACCGCCAGUACGUUGCCCGUCUGGAGAUGAGACGCAGGUGCACGUGGAACAUCUUCCAGUCUAUCGAAUAUGCAGGAGAGCAGGACCAGAUCAAGCUCUACAAUUUUUUUGGCUUCUUGAUGGACCACUUCACCCCGGCCAGCAGUGAAAGAAAUCUAAUAUCUCACAUCUUUCGAAAGAAUGAACUCUGCAGAGACGCAGAGUGGGAGAGACAGUUCUGCUACAAGAGCAUCGAAGUGAGCGCCAGCUGCACCGGCCCCCAUCUGACCUUCCCCAUGACCUUCUGCGGGGUGUCUCAGCUGGUGGAGGCCUUCAAGCACAAACAACAGCUCCAUGCUCGAUAUGUUCUGCAGCUUCUUGGAGAAACUUGGAGGCUUCUACGAAUUCUUCCAAACAUCAGUCACAUUUCUUGCUGCCGCUCCAAGCCGAUCACCAUAUGCGGGGAUUUACACGGGCAACUUGAGGACCUGCUGUUGAUUUUCUAUAAGAACGGUUUGCCGUCCUGCGAGAAGCCGUACGUCUUCAACGGCGACUUUGUGGACCGCGGUAAAAACUCCUUAGAAAUCCUGCUCAUCCUGUUUGGGUUCCUGCUGGUCUAUCCCAACGACGUCCAUCUAAACAGAGGGAACCACGAGGACCACAUUGUUAACCUCAGAUAUGGUUUCACUAAAGAAGUUUUGGGCAAAUAUAGGGCGCACGGCAAGACGAUCCUAAAGCUCCUCCAGAAGAUUUUCAGCUGGCUGCCUCUGGCCACGGUGAUUGACAACAAGGUGCUGAUUGUGCACGGCGGGAUCUCCGACGCGACGGACCUUGGCGUGAUCGCCCGGGUGGACAGGCACAAAUACGUGUCGGCCCUCAGGCCCCCCGAGGCCCACGCGCCGAGCAGCAGGAGCGGCGAGGAGGCCGGGGGGCCAGCGGAAGGCCGGCGCCGGGUGCGCUCUCUGACCCACCAAGGCUCGCCGACGGCCCGCAUGCGCAAACUGCCGCGCCGCUCCCUCCACGGCGCGCCCGCCGGCGGUCAGCCCAACGGGUCGGUGGAGGAGGAGCUGAAAAGGAGGCGCAGGCAGGCCGGGUUUGACCAGAGCUACGGCCAGGUGAAGAAGGGGUCCGACUCAGACCCGGAGUCCGGACAGGCAACGGGGAAAGACGUGGAUGAGUGGAAACAAAUAGUGGACGUGCUGUGGAGCGACCCGAUGCCCCAAAACGGCUGCGUUCCCAACGAGGUGCGAGGCGGGGGCUGCUACUGGGGGCCCGACGUCACCGAGGAAGUGCUGCGAAGACACGACCUCCAGCUGCUCAUCCGCUCCCAUGAGUGCAAACAGGACGGCUACGAGUUCUGCCACAACCGCAGGGUGCUGACUAUAUUCUCGGCGUCCAACUACUACGAGGUGGGCAGCAACAGAGGAGCCUACAUCAGAAUGGGACCCGAUCUGGUUCCUCACUUCAUUCAAUACCAGGCCAGCAGGACGUGCAGAGAGCUCACCCUGAGACAAAGUGUCGGGUGGACAGAGAGGUCGGCCCUGCGAGCUCUGAGGGAACAGCUGUUCGUGCACAGGUCCGACCUCAUCGGUGCCUUCCGGGAGUUCGAUCCCAACGACAAAGGGCUCAUCUCUCUGACGCACUGGGCCAGCGCCACGGAGAGAAUCCUUAAUCUGGGUCUUCCCUGGAGGGUGUUGCGGCCUCAGCUCGUCAGCAGCACCGAGCACGGCAUGGUGGACUACCAGCAAUGGAUCAGGGAGCUCUCCAUCACCGAGCCCAAGCUGGAGAUCUCAGAUAACAGCAUCCUGGAGACUAUGUACAAAAACCACUCCAACCUGGAAACCAUCUUCCGCAUCAUAGACACAGAUAACUCAGGUUUGAUUUCUUUCGAGGAGUUUCGUCAGACUUGGAAACUCCUGAGCUCUCAUCUGAAGACGGAGAUCAGCGACAAGGCCAUCGCAGACUUGGCCCGCAGCAUCGACUUCAACAAGGACGGCAGCAUCGACAUCAACGAGUUCAUGGAGGCCUUCCGGCUGGUGGACGUCUCUGCACAUACCGGAGGGCCUGGACGAGGAGCUGGAGCUGCUGACUCAUUUCCCUGAAUAAAUACCCGAGGGCCAAAAAACAUCAGCCAAUCGACACGUGCAAAUCUAGAAAGGUCUUUUCAUCCCCUCACAUUAUCUGCCCUUUUAUAAAAUAUCAUUAAGAGAGUGUUGAUGUAUCUCAUGGAGUUCUAUGUAUAACUUAAUGAUCGGCCUGGUUGAUU